AUGGCGAUCUCAUUGACUGGAAAAAUAGUAAUAACAGUAGUGGUUCUGGGUGUGUUGGGUGGUAUGGCCACUCUUAUAUAUUUUCUAGUGACAGAUAACGCAGAAGUCCCAACAGUACCACCAACAACCGUAGUACCCUCUGAGGAUGGGAAUAUGCGCUAUAGAGUAGGGGUGGGGAUAGCUGACAUGACGGGGCCCUGUGUGGAAAUUACUUUUAUGGGGUACGCGGAGGUAGGUCAGACCGGUAGAGGUAUACAUUUACGGCAAUUCUCCAGAGCAUUCAUAUUUGUGAGCGGUGACACCAGAGUGGUGCUCGUCACCACUGACAUCCAAGCUGUGGGCAUCGCAUUACGAGGGCAGGUUGUGGCCAACCUGCAAGAGCUGUACGGCGAUAUGUACAGCCUGAGUAACGUUAUCAUCGCUGGCACACAUACGCACAGCGCUCCCGGUGGUCAUCUAGUAGACUUCCUGUUGGACAUCAGCAUCAGAGGCUUCUCCAGCGAGACCUUUAAUGCGUAUGCCGAUGGUAUCACCAGGAGUAUAGUUCGAGCUCAUGAAAACAUAGUGCCGGCGAACUUAUAUUAUGCUCAAGCGAAUAUUACCAAUGCACACAAGAACAGAUCCCCAUACUCCUACAACUACAACCCAGAAGAAGAGAGGGCAAGGUAUGACGGUAACACAGAUGAUACUUUAACUCAAGUGCGAAUCGUCCGCGAAGAUGGAAACCUGCACGGAGUCCUUAAUUGGUUCGCGGUACAUACCACCAGCAUGAAUAUGACCAACAGACUGAUCUCCUCCGACAACCUGGGCUAUGCCGCCAUUACCAUGGAAAAGAAACUCAAUCCUGGAGCGUUGCCUGGGAAAGGACCAGUUGUCGCCGGGUUCUUCACUGCAAAUCUUGGUGAUGUAUCUCCGAACAUUCGAGGCGCUCGCUGUGAGUUUAGCGGCGACGAGUGCGAUAAUCAGUUCCUCCUCUGUGGCGCGGGAGAAAGAUGUUACUCUUUGGGACCAGGUGACGACAUGUUCGAAAGUACCAGGAUUAUUGGACACGCUAUAUAUGAAGGCGCUGUGGAAGCGAUGAAUUCACCCGGUGAGGAGUUGACGGGCGGUAUUGCAGUAGUACAUCAGUUCGUCGAUAUGCCUACAGAAACUGGAGCUCGUUACGAUCCCGUCACCAGGGAGUUCAAAACUGACCAACAAGUGCACGGAUGCGUGCCGGCCAUGGGCUACAGUUUUGCAUCGGGAACAAUUGAUGGUGCUAACACACUCAAUAUAACACAGGGAACAGUUUCGAAUAAUGAUUUACUGGACGCCAUUAGUGGUAUAGUGGCGCGGCCUACAGCAGAAGAUCGAGAGUGUCACGCACCUAAACCCAUUCUCCUGAUGACUGGCCGGGCUAACAUCCCGCUGCCGUGGCACCCACACAUAGUGUCUGUGUCCCUCAUCUGGUUGGGAGACUUCGCGAUCCUGGGCGUCCCCGGGGAGCCGACGACGAUGGCGGGGCGGCGCAUGCGCGCGGCGGUGGGGGACGUCAUGCUGCAGCGCGGGUAUGAGCCCAAGGUGGUCGUCACCGGACUCACCAACGAGUACAUACACUACGUCGCCACCUACGAGGAGUACCAGGUCCAGAGAUAUGAAGCGGCCUCAACGAUCUACGGACCGCACACUUUGGACAUACUGUUGAACAAAUUUGUCCACUUUACGAAUGUGGCUAUCGAGGGCGGCACUGUCCCCGCGGGCCCCACCCCCGCCGACAACAGGUUCCGCACGGUGUCGCUGAUCCUGCCCGUGGUGCUGGACUCCUCCCCGUGGGGAUCCGCCUUCGGGCACGUGCUGCAGCAGCCGCCGCCCACCGUGCACAGGGGCGACACUGUGCAAGUAGUCUUUGUGGGUGCAAAUCCGCGUAACAAUCUGAGACAAGAAUCUAGCCAUGUGGUGGUUGAGAGACUGGAACUGGGUCAGUGGCACGUGAUCGCUACUGACGCUGACUGGGAGACAAGGUUUACAUGGGAGAGAGUAUCGACUGUCCUGGGCACCAGUCAGGUGACAUUCGAGUGGACGGUACCGGAGGACGCGAUCCUGACGGAGUACCGCAUGGUGUACCACGGUACCGCACGCCUCCUCAUCAAUCAGCUCACCGACUUCACGGGAACCACCAACACGUUUACAAUAGAAGCUCCCGCCUUAUUUAAAUAA